AUGGAAUACUGGGUGUUUGAUGAAUCCACAGCUGCUGUUGUCAUCAAACUCAAGCAUGGGUGUAUUUUUCUUUAUGACAAGAGGGAUCUGCUACAGUUUGGAAGGAGGGAUAUCCAUGAGCUUUCUAUUCAUCAGAUCAAGGUGGCUGAAGAUAUUUGUGAGCCUACUGCUAAGGAUUACACUUCAAUGGUGGCAUUAAUUAUUGAGAAGGAAAUAUGGAAUGGAGCUAUGGGACGGUUGUCAGAGAUAGAUCCCACAGAUUUGGGACCUAACAAAGCCCUUACAAAAGCUGCCUCUAAAAUCAGUUUAACAACUGAUUGUUGGAAGUCCUCGCAUCAGAAAAUUGACUAUAUGGUUAUUACUGCACACUUUGUAGAUCAUAAUUGGAGAUUACAGAAACGUGUAUUAAGUUUUGUACAUGUUCCUCCUCCUCGUACUGUUGUUGAUAUUGCUGAUGGUAUUUACAAGUGUUUGCAAGAGUGGGAAAUUAAAGAUAAGAUUUUCACCAUCUCAGUUGACAACGCAACUUAUAAUGACAAAGCUUUAAGAAGAUUGAAAGAAACUUUUUCGCGUGUAAGAAAACUUUCAUGUGGUGGUAGAUUGUUUCAUAUACGGUGUUGUGCACAUAUAUUGAAUCUUCUAGUAAAAGAUGGUCUUGCAAUAAUUGAUCAUAUCAUCGAUGAUGUUGGUGAGGGUAUAAAGUAUAUUAACAAUUCGGAGGGUAGACGUCUAAAUUUUUCAAAGGCUGCACAUCAAAUGCAAAUGCGUGAUUGGAAGUUAAUGCUUGAUGUUCCAACACGAUGGUAUUCAACCUAUAAUAUGUUGUGCAUGGCUUUAAAGUUCAAAGAUGCUUUCCCAAGGUAUGCAGAGUAUGAACCACAUUUCCAUCACUUGCCAACUAACGAAGACUUGGAAAAUGUUCAAAGCGUAUGUGAAAUUUUGAAGGUUUUUAAGGUGUACAUGAAUAUCAUCUCGGGCAGUGAUUAUCCUACUGUUAAUUUAUAUCUAAUUGAAGUGUUUAGAGUGAAGCAAACUCUUGAUAAAGGUUCUUUAUUUGCAAAUGAUUUUAUUUGUGAUAUGGUGAAGAAAAUGAAGGAAAAGUUUGACAAUUUUUGGGGUGAGUGCCACCUUGUAAUGGCAAUAGCUUUUAUGUUAGAUCCACGGUUCAAGAUGAAGUUGGUUGCGUUUUGUUUUCCAUCAUUUUAUCAAAAUUCAGACGAGAACAUUAAAGAAGUGAAGAAUGCACUUUAUGAAAUGUAUUUAGAGUAUUUAGAGAUGCAUGAUACAUUAGUUAGGGAAUCUACAGCACAUGGAAGCGAACAUGAAAUAAAUGCUUUAGGGUUGAAUGAAGGUACAUCACUUGGAUUUGGAUGGGAGGCGUUUGGAGAGUUCAUAAAGAUUGUACAUUUGGAGAGACUAGAAAAGUCAGAGCUUGAUAUGUAUUUAGAAGAAGGUGUUUAA